AUGUUGCCUGUGUGCAACCACUGGGUCAUGUGCCUGAGCCCCACCACCUUACAGACAAUAAAUCGGCAGGGCCGCUACAGCAGCGGCCUUGAGCGCACCGACACACUAAACCUUGGCACACCGCCCACUGCUGCACCGUCCCCCGACAAGAUACUCUUUGUCCAGUCUCUACACGAGUCGUCGAUAGCUCCUGGUUUCGCACCUCCCGUUGUGCCCCCGCGGCCCUCCAAGAGUCCUAGCAUGGAAGCCCAGCAAGCUACCGAGGCACCGACUGUUCCUGCUCGACCUGCUAAGAAGAGUCUCGUGCAGCCCAGGCCCUCCAGCAGCGACCGAUUUGCCCAGUCGCCUUUGCACAGUGGGUUCCAGCCCAAGGGUCAGCGCCCGACCAGCUCUUCUUCAAGCCACGACCAAUCAAGUUCUCUGAAUGAGCCCAUCGACCGCCCUGCCAGCGUGUCUCUACCCUCGCUUGGUGAAGAAGGCCUCGAAUACGGCGUCUUAGACACGCAGGCCGAGACAGAGCUUGGGUCGUCCCAUCAGACCCGGACCGUCGGCGACAACCUUAAGCUACACGCUCCCAAGCCCUCUCUGCCACCCGGUAGCGCCAAGCAGCAGAUCAUGGCCGUCACAAGAACCGACUCAGACAAGGCUGCCUCCCUUGGACUCGGCAAGUCCUCUAACGGGAGUGAUCGCCCGCCCUCCCGCGAUCCCAUGAUCCGAAGGCCCAGCUCGACCCUUUCGACGCACAGUGAUCACGGCAAUUACAUCGAUGAUGAGCAUGGUAUUCCUAAGAUUGGACAACGCGUGCCCAUGAACAGUCAUCUUGGCGACGUCCAGGCCCCUUCUCCUGCCCCGGAAGAAGGCAAGCGACACCAUACCCGCAAGCAUUCUGCCCGUAAUAUGCCCCCAGGGAGUUAUGGCCUACACGGCCAUGGUGUCGAUCCCCAGGACAGGCUGGAAAAGGCCUACCACGAAAAGCACCCAGAGCUCGCCGGCAAGGCAAAGAAGCACAACAUACAUGACCAUCGUCAGAGCGACUAUGCCAUGAGCAGUAACGAUCUCAACCGCAUGGUUCGUGAUACCGCCAGGCGUCGUCCCACCUCGAGUCUCUAUAACGAAGCCAUCUCUACACCCACUGAAGAUGUCGCCUUCCAUGCGAGUGACGAAUACGCAUUCCGCAUUUCCACCCCGCAAGACUCGUCGCAUGCUGAAAAGGGAAGUACCUAUUUCUCCGAGGUUGGUUCAUCUUCCAAGGCCACCGAUGAUGAAAGGUCGUCUGUACUCCACGCCAUCCACGUCGACGACUCAAAACAUCCCGAGCACUACUCGUAUGGUACCGAGAAUCCAGAGGCUGAGAACUAUCAUGCUCCCAUUCUGGCUGACGACGAAAUUGAAGCCGAUGCCAACGUGACAGCUCGGAAUCCCGCCAUCCGACCUGGAUUUGAUCGUUCGCGCUCUUACGAUGCUGAUGAGCCAAAGAUACCCAGUAUCCGUCAUACUACUCAUGAUGAAGACACUGACCGUGGCUUCAACUCGACACCGCUUGAUGAUGUUGAAGAAUACGAGCCACUUUUCGACGAAGAAAAAACCCAAGAGGAAAAGAAGCAGGCAGCUGCUGCGAAGAGGGCGAAACGCCAAUUCCCCAGUAAGGAUAUCUGGGAAGAUGCACCAAGUAGUGUACACUACUCCACCGAGGUUUCAACACCGGACGUUGAAGAGCAGAACCAGCGCCCCAAGUCGAAAGCUUCCUUCUCUGAAAAUAGGUCCAUCACACCCGCGCAAGCUUUUGCGCAGUAUCAGGAAGAGUUGGCCGAGAAGGAGGCCGGUGGGCGCAGCAACAAAUACUUGCCACUCUCUGCUGAUACGAAGCCAAAGUGGAUUGAUCAUCAAUCACAUCUCGGAGUGUCCAAGGCUUCUAGCUCGAGGCGUUUUCCGAGCAAGGACAUUUGGGAGGAUGCGCCUGAAAGCCACAUCCAUGAAGCAACCUUGUCCGAAUCGGCCGUAGAGGACGAAAGCAAGUCUGACGAUAGCAAACCAGAUGUUCCUGCGCGACCCGCGAAGAAGGUUGCUGAAGAGUCGCAAGCUCCGCCUGCUAUCCCCAGCCGACCUAAGCCUGUGCAAGCUGGCGACGAUGCAACUAAGCAACCGCCUUCCGUUUCAGAAAAACCCAAGCCUCACAUCCCCGCCCGUCCAGUUAAGAAGCUCUCUGGCGACUCAAAGGAUAGAGAAGCUGUCAAGCCACCCAAGCCACCAGUGCCCAGCCGCCCGGCCGGCGGCAAGAUUGCUGCGCUACAGGCAGGGUUCAUGAGCGAUUUGAAUAAGCGGCUCCAACUUGGACCCCAGGCCUUGAAGAAGGAGGAGCCAGAACAACAAGAGGAGGUUGUUGAAAAAGAAAAAGCCCCGUUGUCUGAUGCCAGAAAAAGUCGCGCGCGGGGUCCUCAGCGCAGAGCCCCGGCAACGGCCGCAUCUCCUGUAAAGGAACCGUCUGCCCUUGUCCUGUGUCUCUCUCGACCGCAAACUCUUUUCAGCAUUGAUUCGGCGGACAGGCUUGUCGUCACCGAGGAGUCGCGCGAGAUCGCUACGGAGCUGAGCAAAACGACCCACGAGCCUGUGGAGGACUUGGCCAAGUCAAGUGGCCACGAGGCGGGCAAGGAGGCCAAUAGCCCACCGAUCAAGGAGGCGAGCAAAGACUUGGAACCCUCGAUAUACAAGGAGCCUAGCCAUGAUGCGACCAAGACCGUAUCUGUGCUCGCAGAUGACGAUGUCACUGACCAGACCAAGACCGUGGAGCCUGCGGCAGUCGCCAAAGAUGGCCUUGUACCUGAUCUCGUUGAGAAGCCUGUCACCGCCGAGCCGGCCAUAGAGGCGGUCGACAAGGCGAGCACGGAUAUUGUCAACGCCAAGUUGCCCUCCUCUGAAGUCGAGGAGAAAAGUGCCCUGAAGGUACAGGACCUAGACGCUGCACACGACUCGGCUGCAAAGGAGCAGGACAUUGGUGACGUGCCUCUUACGCAUGCUCAAGCGGAAGAAGAUGUUUAA